CUGUAGCAUUUGUGAUAGCAAAGGAUAGAAAGCAUGUCUAUAGGAAUUAAUUUAAAAUAAUUAUGAUUUUGCUUUUUUCACUGUCAUAAAGAAGAUUAAAAAAAGGAAAGAAUAGCUUACUAGAGUGUACUAUAACCAGUUCUAGCUGUUUUCUUGAACAGUAGCACAUUUGGUGUAAGUUGAAGACAUUCUGGGUAUUGCUGUUUGUAUUUUCUUGUUCUGUGUUUACUUUGUUUGACUGUGGUUUCUUGUGAAAGUUUUGUCAUAAUUGAACACAGCUCAGGGUUUUACUUUUCAUAGCUAUUUUCUAUUUUCUUUCUGAUAUUUUGUUGGGUUUUUGCUUUGUUUCUUGCAUGAAAAUGUAAGUUCUUUUUCUCCAUUUUCGUUUUUUGGGCCAAGGAGAGGGGCUAGUGGGGGUCUUUUUUUUUAAUUCUUUCCAAAUUAAUGUGAAGAUAAUGUUUGAUAGAAUCUUAUUGGGAAGAAAAAGUGUGUGAAUCACAUUCAGCCGAGUGGGAGAAAAGGUGAAGAAAUUUAAGAGAGGAUUUUGAAGGAUAGAAAUGCUAACAUUCAUUUCUCUAGCUGAGCUAACAUUCAUCCUUCAAAAUCCUCUCUUAAAUUUCUUCACCUUUUCUUCCACUCGGCUGAAUGUGAUUCACACACUUUGUCUUCCCAAUAAGAUUCUAUCAAACAUUAUCUUCACAUUAAUUUGGAAAGAAUUAAAAAAAAGACCCGCACUGGCCCCUCUGCCCAGUGGUUAAUUUCUUGAAGGUGAUUCUAGCUAGAGGGAUAAAUUAUUAUUUUUUUGUGCUGCAUUCUUAUAGCUUGCUUGAAACAAGCUUUAGAAAAGUUUAGAGGGGAUGAGAAGCAGCCAAAGCUUCGUUUGAUUGCUGAUGAGAACAGUGGGGGUUUUCCAAAUUCAAAGAAUAAUGGAAUCACCAAUACACACGUUGUGAAAGCAAAUGAAAGCUCCAAGUUUGGUUGCUAGGCUCAUGGGUUUGGAAUCGAUGCCAACAGGAUUAGGCAGUAAGCCCCAAAAGGCUUCAGCUUCUGAAACUUGGAGCAAUGUGGCAGACAAACUUGGUGCUCGACCUGGCGGAUCUGAUAAAGAAGAUAUGGAUUUUGAGAUGGCCGAAAUAAAGAGUUUAGAACUGGGUUUGCGAAGGUUUAGAGCUAAAUGUGCUCUCACUUAUCCUACUAGAUAUUUUUCUCCUUUGGAAGAUGAAGCAGAUUUAGUUGGGAAUGCACUUGAUCACCAUAGUUCAGGAUGUGUUCUUGAAGCUGCCUUUUUAACUGACAGCUACCUCUCUAGCAGUCCUAAUAGUAGCUCAAGACAAAGUGCUUGCUGAAUCAGUGGACUCUAUUGAUGAUGAACCACUCUUUCCAGAACCUGAUAGAGAUCUUUCGAAUUGCGAGACCUCAUUAUCCACCAGGAGGAGUUGCAGAGAACUGAUCACAGACCAUUUUAUAACGUUUCUGGAGUGCUAAGCAAGAUUGAUCAG